CGAGCCGGCCAGGUGGCUGCCGCCUGCCCCUCCGCCCCUCCCAGGCGGGAGAAACCAUCUCCUCUACAGGGGGAGGGCCGGAGCCAGCGCCCGGCUGCACCGGAAGAGGAAGUGUCAGGAGCCCGGAGGUGGCUGGCAUUCUGGGUAGUGAGCUGUUUACUUCCUGUGGGUGUGGAGGCUGUGCCUGCGUUCCCGGCUGGUCUCCGUAUCCAGGAAGAUGGCCCUGGAGACGGUGCCAAAGGACUUGCGGCAUCUGCGGGCGUGUCUGCUGUGUUCUCUGGUCAAGACUAUAGACCAGUUUGAAUAUGACGGUUGUGAUAAUUGUGAUGCGUACCUACAAAUGAAGGGUAACCGAGAGAUGGUGUAUGACUGCACCAGCUCUUCCUUUGAUGGAAUCAUUGCCAUGAUGAGUCCAGAGGACAGCUGGGUCUCCAAGUGGCAGCGAGUCAGAAUCGUGCGGGAGUUGAAAAGUCGAGGAGUGGCCUACAAAUCCAGAGACACAGCUAUAAAGACCUAGCAAGCAACAUGCAGGGCUGCAGCUCUGUGCUCUCCACCUCUUGCCUCUACUUAUUUUUUGGUUGCUGGACUGAAUGGCAGUCUUCAAACACUCCCUGCCCUUCAUCUUGGAGAAUCAGCUGGCUACUGAGAGAACAGCUGCCUGUGCCAGGGCCAUUUCACUUCUUUGGACUACUUCCUGGUGGAGGUGGGAGGGUUUGGGCUGGUAGAUUCAGAGACUGAAUUGAGAAAAGAGUAGGAUGUUGGUUUUCCUACUCACCCACGGACACGACCCUGAGUCAAAUACCAAUAAACAUGAACCCUGAAAAAUUCUUAAA